AUGGCAAAUUGUUCUCAUUGUGGCAAAGUGUUUAAAUAUGAAAGUGAACGUAUAAGACAUGAACUUAGUCAUUUACCUAGAUUUGGCUGUGAGGAAUGUGAGAAAAAAUUUACUUAUAUUUCAGCCUUAAGACGUCACCAAAAACAACAUGAAAGAACUGAAAGUAUUCAAUGUGAUAAAUGUAGUCAUAGUUUUAAAGAUGAGAUUCUUUUAAAGCGCCAUAUAAAGUAUGCUCAUGAAGGUACUUAUAUUUGUUCAGAAUGUGGUGCCAAAUUUAACAGCAAGCAGGCUCUGAGUAUCCACAUAAUAACACACAAGCCAAAGUCGGAGAGGAAGUACCGGUGCAGUUAUGCAAAUUGUCAUAAAGCAUUUAACUUUUCACACCAUCUAAAAUAUCACGAGAUGACACAUACAAAUACCAGAAAGCACUUUUGCAAAAUAUGUGGGAAAGGUUUUAUUCAGUCUCACAAUUUAAAAGUUCAUAUUAUGAAUAUACAUGACCCCACUAAAUGGUUACCUUGUGAGAUAACCAACUGCAAGAAAAAGUUUUCUUCAGAAUAUGCUCGAAAGAGACACCAUGCUAGACACAAGAAUUUUGGAAAUGAAGAGAAAAAGCCACCAGAUCGUGUUUCCACUUCUGUUGUUUCAUCAGACGGUUUUACGUGCUCCAUCUGUGGGCAGUUAUUUUUACCAUCAUUUUAUGAGGAACAUAAACUUAACUGCAUUGUAAAAGAUUUUGAGUUAUCAAACGACAAACCCUUUGAUUUAUCGUCAAAAUUAAAAAAAGAAGAAUUUGAAACUAGUAAUAAAAGUGACUUACUCAGUGCUUCGAAAAUCACUGACGAAUAUCUAAGUACCUGUACAGCUGUUUUGGGGAAGUGUCUAGUAACUGGUGAUACAAGUGUGAGUUCAAAUUGUUUAUGUGCUCAGAUGGUUAAGCCUGAUGAUAACUAUGAUAAGACAAUUGAAAAAACAAACACAAAUACUGAUAUAAAAGAAAUUGACAAUGCAACGAAAACAUGCGAAAGCUGUUCCUGUUCGACCGCAAAGACAGAAGAAAAAUUUACAAGUCGUGUAAAUGUGGUCGUCGGUCAGAAAAUUAAAAAGUCAAACAGGAACAAUUGCAUGCCAGAUUUUGAAUAUGCAACUGAUGGAACAGUUAAAGUUAGAAAUACAAUUGACCCACAAUUUGAAUGUAUGGCUAAUAAAUAUUAUAACAACAUAACGAAAAGGAAAGUGGAUUUUAGAGAUAGGACUAAUGAAUCUACAAUACCCUACAAUAGCUGCAAGGCUGUUUUGGGUAAAUGUAUAGUAAGCGAAAAUGGUAUGAUAAAUGACGAUUGUCUAUGUGCAAAAAUGCUUAUCGAUGAAGGGCAAAUGACAAGUCAAGAAAUUGAGGAAAUCACGCCGCAUCCUAAUUGUUUUAGUCUGUGA